ACUUUCUUUUUAUUAUCGAACUGGGUGUGGGUGUGGGUGAGGUGUGGAUGUGGGUGAGGUGUGGGUGUGGGUGAGGUGUGGGUGUAGGUAUUGGUGUUGAUGAAAAGGGCACUCACACCCACACACCCACAAGUUACUUCAAACAUUUAAUGAAAAUAGUAGUUUUAUUUUGAAAUUUCAAUUUUGCGUAUAAUGGUACUCCAAUAUCAUGGAAAAGUAAAACUUCGACUUUAUUAAUACAUUCUAUUCCACGUAGAAGAAAAAACACAAGAGAAAAGUACAAAAAGAGCGUCAUUAUUGAGAUAACAAACAAGAAAAUUGCACUAAUUGAAAAGAAGGAUUUGAGAGCAACAGAGAUUAUCAUUAUAAUCCAAGUAUUUUAACGAAAGCUAUUAUUUAUUCUGAUUGAUAUAAGUACCUUGAUCAAGGGGGAACAAACUGAUUUCUAAUAACAGAAAUCAAUUUGAAAUCAUCAGAAAUCAUUGGAAACCAUUAGAAAUCGUUGGAAAUCAUUAGAAAUCAUCAGAAACCACUAGAAAUCAUCGGAAAUCAUUAGAAAUCAUUGCAAAUCACUAGAAAUCACUAGAAAUCAUUGCAAAUCACUAGAAAUCACCAGAAAUCACUUGAAAUCAUCAGAAAUCACUAUAUAGAAAUCACUAGAAAUCAUUAGAAAUCAUUAGAAAUCAUCAGAAAUCACUAGAAAUCACCAGAAAUCAUCAGAAAACAUCAGAAAUCACUAGAAAUCACUAACAAUCACGAAAUCGAGAAAUCAGUUUGUUCUCCCUUGCUUCAGAUUUGGUUUUAUCAGAAUUCAUUGAUAAUCGAUCUCUUUUUUCAAUUUUCAAACAAAUUAAAAUACUCAAAGCAAUAACAGAAGAUGGUUAUGUUCGUUCAAAUUUUACAUUAAAACUUGUUCAACUUUUUCCAUCACUUACUAAUAUUGAACUUCAAGUGUUAUCAUUCAAAGAUUGCAUAUGUGCUAUUGAUAUAUUACUUAGUCAUCUAGAAAAUUUGUCUUAUCUUAAAAUUUAUUAUAUUCAAGUUUCAUCACUCGAUCAUCCUUUUUCACGUAAUUAUAUUGUUGAUAAACGUCGUCAAGCGUUUCGUUUUAAUAUUAUCAAUGAACAUAAGAUUACAGUUAGCAGGAAUGAAACAUCUGUAGAAAUUAGAUUAUCAUGA